AUGGCUCCUACAAAAAAAUGCGUCGAGAACGAGAAAUCUACUUUUGACAAGUUCGAUAAUCUUAAAGUUAGAUUGAACGCGCUUACCGGGUUCGCGGAGAAGAAAAUUGAAACCAUCUCGGUUCCAGCUGCGAAGUCAACGUUCGAGUCGAUAUUAGAUCUCAGCCGAGAUUGCACUUCAGCGUACGAGAUUUGGUUGGAGGUGGCAAAUUCGAUUUCUCUGUCGGAUGAUAAAAUUUCGGAAGUUAAAAAAGACUUCAAUAAUGUAUGUAUUGUCACCGAUCAAAUCCUCAUCGAACUCAAUGCAAUCAUUGGUAUCAAGGAUCAGGCUGAGGCGAAGGACGUCAAGGCGCCAUCGACCAGAACUCCUAAAGUCGAAUUACGCCAGUUUGAUAAAGGUAACACGCGUCUCUGGUUUGAUCACCUUGAAAUCGUCUUCAGAACGAAGAACAUCGAUGCGGAGGAGCAGCGCUUUGCGGCGCUGUUGAAAUUCUUGGAUGAGACCACGAGCUCCAUGUUAACCUCGAUCACCAGGUCUGAGGCGAAGAACCAGUAUACGGAGGCGAGGCGUCUCCUCAUCAAGGAGUUCUCCAUGUCAAAAUAUGACCGCGUCAAAUCUUACUUGCACGAGAUGGCUCCAAUGGCCGACGAGAGGCUGACGCACUUUGCUGCAAGGGUGGAUGUUCUUUUUGAGGAUAUUACGAUUAAUGAUGUAAGGAAGUUUUGUCUUUUACGUCAUGCGCCGGCACCGGUAAGGCUACAGCUGGCCGGAAAUCGAUUCGAUGACCUUGACGUUCAUGAUCUCCUUCAAGAGGCAGACACGUUGACCCAGCGAGCCAACCAAGACAUGCAA